AUGGACCUCUUUGAUAAGACCAGUAUGGUGUCACAAUUUUCUCUCCAUCAACAACAAUCUGCAGUGCUAGCUCAACAACAGCCUUUUCUCACGUCUGCAGCAGCGAAGCCUUUUGGUGGGUUCCAACCAUUUUCUAGUAAUAUACAUCAACCAGCCUCCAACGGUAGCCACUUACCCACUCAGCAUUGGGGAAGCAUGGGUAAUCAGGCUCCUCAAGCGAUGACGCCAGCAGCUGCACUGCAGAAGCCUAUGCAGAUGGGAAACAUCAGAUCUGCACAUCCUGCUUGGAAUUCUUCUCAUUAUUCACUAUCCAGCAAGAAUACUUCAGGUUCAGUUGCUCCAAUAGGCGGUGGCAUAACCACCACAAGAGCAAGUAGGUCUUCCAAUAUUAUGCCGACAUCAUCAGCCAUUCCAACACACUUGGGAGGAGAUUAUGAUUUCUCAUCGCUAAUGCAAGGGAUGUUUACAAAAAG